AUGGUCCUGUCCCCUAAUUCAGGAGUCGACGUUCUCUUUGAGAGCAACAUCGACGAUGAUGGAGGAGAGAGCUGGAUCAAUGCAGAUCUCGUUGCAGUUGUUGAAGCUGAAGGAAUGCUGUCGUCGAUCCGACGAUUGACUGGACAUGACUCGUCAAUGUGGGUGUUUGGCUGGGGCACCAACAAGGGUCAACUCGGAACGGAUCUGAGCUCUAUCCAUCGAUUCUCCCUUCGCAAUGUUGGCAUCGCAGGACUGGCGAUCCUUCGACUCAAGCCUAACGCUUCUCAAUCUGGGUUUCUCGACAUCAAAUCCAACGGCAGCACCGACGAAGAUGAAACAGAGGCCGUGCUAGGAAAUGAACGGUACCCUUACCAACUAUCGGUCCCAACGAUUGGAAAACGGUUGACGCUUCAUGGAUCAGGAUUUGGGUUAAUUGCUCCCUCGGUCCUGAUCAACAACAUCAGUCAGGGGAUUGUCGCCAACAUCAUUCACCCGUACCGCGCUGCUCGACGAGCCGAUGAGCAGGCCAACUCGCUAGUGCUGACGGAUGCAAAAUUCUUACCUGGCAUGGAGGGCGGAGCUGUCAGCUGGGACGAGACUGGAGAGCUGGCCGGCCUCAGCAUGCUUCCCAUCCGGAGGACGGAUGGAGAGCCAGUUGACAUUAGCCUUGUUAUUCCAGUCGCAUGUAUUGUUGCUGCGAUCUCACCUUACAUUACGAUACCACGCCAGCCACUGCAGCCCGACCAUGUUGCCGCCUUGAACUCAAGUUCCUUCAUAAAUGCGCGCCAGGCUGUCGUGAUGGUUCAAGUGGGCCAGACCUGGGCUUCAGGCGUUGUCAUCUCCAAGAGCGGCCACAUCUUGACUAACGCGCACGUAUUCACGUCGUUCCUGGACAACAUCAGUAACCGCACAUGGCCAAAUCUCAGGAGUGGGAUCUCAUUGCGCGUCAGGAUUGAUUCGCCUCAGCAGCAGCUCUGGGUGGAUGACUGCGAGCUGGUAUUUGUGUCAGAGUCAUGUUGGGACGUUGCCCUGAUCAAGAUCCCAGAAACAUGUGUCCUCAACGGCUUCUUGCCCUACCUCCCACUCAGGACUCCUGAAGAAAUAUCGAGGAUGAAGCCAAUUGUGAAAGGAACACCCUUAUUCGCAAUCGGACACGGGAUCUUUGGCCCUUCCUCAGGAAUCCUCCCCCUGAUUACCUCAGGGAUUUGCAGCAAAGUAGUUACUCACGUCGACAAACCCGUGAUGCUCCUCAGCAGCGCCCCCGUCCACCGUGGCAACAGCGGUGGCGUCCUUGUCAACACCGACGGUCAAUUCGUUGGGCUCGUUACGGGAAAUGGAAAGACAUCGACUGGGCGGACGAUCACACAUCUCAACUUUGCGAUUCCAUUGGAUGCGAUCACGGUUGCAGUGAACGCGUAUUUGUUGGAUGAGGAUCGCAAGUGGUUGGAUCGGUUGAAUACCCCACCUAUUAGGGUUGAUGAUAUUUGGUCACUUCGCGGGAACGCACCUGUCUGGGAUCCCAUUGAGAAAGUCCCGAGCAAGUUGUAG